AUGGAUAAGUUCAGAGUCUGGGAACUCACUCUAUUCUUAGAAAUAGUUGAGCCAGUGGUGGUGGAGUCUAAAGGCGUUGGGAUCUUUUUCUUCAAGUGGCAACAACUUACUUUUCCUGUGGAGGCUCAGUGGUGCUUUUCUUGGGCUUACCAGUGUUGCUGA